AGCCGGGUCUUGUUCAAGCUGGCAGCCCGCCUCCGCCUCGCACGCAACUCUUGCCUCUGCGGUCGCGCGAAUCAACCCGGCGUCCCACGCUCGGACAAGACCUGGAACCCACGGCCAUCAGCGAUGGUAGCUUGUUGGAGAGGCGUCGCCCGCGUGCUCGACGGCACCCGGGGACAAGAUGUCCUCUUUGAUCAGAACGGCGGCGCCCUCGCGUCCGCGAAGGUGGAUUCCGCCACGUGGACCGCGCCAGCACCGAGCCCCAGCUACGGCCUCGUGACGAAGUUCGAGAAGCAGCCGAAGGGUCCGAAGAUACCCGAGCAGAUGAUGAACGAGAUGCACGAGCUGCGGGAUCGGCUGAUCGAGUCGGAGCAGGCGAAGAAAAGGGUGCGCGAGGCGGAGCAACGCCCCCGCCUCGGCGCAGAGCCGCCAGAGCCUCGCAGGGCUCCGGAUGUGAUCGUCACCGAGGAGGCCGCUGGCAAGCGCAGCCCGGAGUGCGGAGACAGCGUGCGCAUCGGCUACUCCGUCGUCCUGGCGGGGGAGGACGCGCCGAUCGUGGACAUGUGCCCGGAUUUCGAGUACGUCAUCGGGGGCGGCCCCCGAGGCACCGGACAACUCACUGCGGAUGCGCUCGAGCGCAUGUUGGCAAAGCUGCGCAGGGGCCAGAUAGCUUCUAUGCAAUGCACCCUGGGCGACCUGUUCCUCCCUGGAUCGCCUCAGGUUAGGGAGCACGGGGCAGAGACGCGUGCUGUGUGCGAGGCAAGGCUCUUCGAGAUUUACCAGACGCGAGAUUGUUCCUUCCAGAAGGGAGGGGGAAAGGUCUUCAAAGAGGUAGUGAAGGAGGGCGUGGGGGCAUGGUGCGACACUCCGACCGACGAGGGGACGGCGCUCUUACGCGUGGAGGAGGUCACGACCGACGACGGCACCAGACUGUACCCGCUCGGCGGUGAUGCUCCCAUCGAGCAGUGGGUGGUCCCUGGCAACGGACAGGUCUGCGACGCUCUCGAGUGCGCCGUGCUCGAGAUGCGGCAGCACGAGACGGCGCUGGUCACCUGCUCGGAUCCUGCCUUCUGCGCCGGCGGCCAGCCCGAGCUGGAGGCUGCCCCAGGGGGAGGGGCCACGUACCGCGUGACGCUCCUCGACUACACGAAGGGCCCAGACGUCUGGAACUUCCCGGAGGAGGAGAGGCUGAAGUUUGGAGAGCGGCGCAAGGCGAUCGCCAAUGCGCUGUUCAAGAAGGGCCGCUUCCGGCUUGCCCACGAGCGGUACCGGCGCGUUGAGGAGUUGUUCCACCACCUGGACCGCCCCAAAGGGAGUACCGUCAGCCCAGUGAGGGACAGGUUCCUGGGCAAGCCCGAGCUCGCCCAGAGCUGCAGGGAGCUCAGGAGCGCCUGCCGGCUCAACAUGGCGGCCUGCUGCCUGAAGUUCGGCGAUCCCUCGAGGGACAGCAGCGGGCGUGCGACCUGGUGCUCGCGGCCGAGCCGGAGAGCCGCAAGGCGCUGUUCCGGCGCGCGCAGGCCUUCGCGCAGCAGAAGGACUUCGUGCAGGCGUCCCUAGAUCUCGAGCGGUUGCUCGACAUCGACGGCAGCAUUGAAGAGGCACGGGCCCUCUACAAGAAGGUGCAGGUCGCGCGACGCGUAUCUCGGAGCGGCAGCGGAAGAGCUUCCACUUCGGCGCCACGUUCGGCGGGAUGCAGGACCCACGCUCCGUCAAAUGGGACUACACGGAUGCCGCCAUGGACGGCCCUGGCAUGGAGGCCGUGCCGAUAUCGUCGCACUUCCAUCCGAAGAAGGCGCUUGCGAUCAAGGCUUGAUACCAUGGCGUCACCACUUCGCAGCUGCAUGGGUAGUCCGAAGCUCAGGCAAAUCUACUUCGAUCAUUUCCCCGAACUGGCGCACUCGCUCAGGGGUACUUGCAUCAGUCCCCUGGAGAUGCCCAGGAUUGCCGCGAGCACUAAUGCCCCCGCUGGCCGCUACCCUGCCUUGCCGCUGCUUCCAGUGUCGCGAACGCUGGUUAUCGCAGUUGUUCCUUGUUUUGUUUAUCGCAGGAGUUCGUUGCAAUCUUUAGCGAGUAUGUUGCCAUGCCGCGAUUGCUCGCUGUUGUCGCAUACCGCUAGUUUGUUUUGCCCUCAUAGGCCGCGAUCGCUGGUUGCCGCCAUUGGCCCUUUCCCAAACAUCCUGUGGUGGCGGGUCCUCGUUUUGAAGUGACAGCGCCUCACGUUCCUCCUUCCUUCUCCUCCCCCUCCCUUCUCCUCCAUCAUCAUCAAUGUCUCCUAAUUC